GGCCAGCCGGUGGGGGGGCAGCAGUGUUACCGCCUCAUGGCCGUGGAGCAGGAGUAUUGUCUGGACCCAACAUCUCAGACCAACUGUUUCCACCAGCCCCACCUGCAGCACUUGGGCUCCGGCCGCACCGUCCUCUUUGGGGUCCAACCCAAGUUCACCAACGUGGACAUCCGCAUCACCCUGGACCUGACCUUCGGCGCCGUCGACCUCUUCAUCUCCACCUCCUACGAGACCUUCGCCGUGGACGUCGACCCCGUCACCGGCCGGCACCUCGUCAGGAUUCAAACGCCUCAACUGGGCAACGGGGGGCAAG